CUAUUUUCUCUCUGGUUCUGUCGUCGGCUCAACCUGCAAGGAAGGGGGUCUUUGUUUGCGUUUCACGUUCGCGUCGCACGGUAUUGUCUGUUAGGAUUCCAUCGUAUCGCGUGCGGGACGGAAUGUAUUCACUUAAGUGGAAGCGUGGUCGUCGCUCUUCUCGUUACAUGUGAAAUGUCGUGCAGUGUCCCAGGGUGGCUCCAUCUAACAGUGCAAGUGCAGUGAGGUGCAGUGUACAGGAGCGAGCGUGGGUCGGUGCGGCCACGGCGAGCGAAGUGCGCGGAGGUGGCGGCGGGCGCUCGGCCAUGACCGGCGACAUGCCUCUAGGGAGCGCGCACGCGUUCGGGCGCGCGUUGCUCCGGGACGGGGCGCUGCCGCCGCUGGAGCCCGGUCCUCCCGCACCGCCGGCGACCACCGCGCAGCCUCCCGACAAGCGACCGCUGUCCGCGGCCGCCAGCCCCGAGCAGGUCAUGAAGCUCUACAUGAACAAGCUCACGCCGUACGAGCACCGCGAGAUAUUUGACUACCCCCAAGUGUACUUUAUAGGCGCGAACGCUAAAAAGAGACCCGGCCUCCUCGGCUUCCCUAACAAUUGCGAGUACGACAACGAGCAGGGUUCCUAUAUUCACAUACCGCACGACCACAUAGCGUACCGUUACGAGGUGCUCAAGGUGAUAGGUAAAGGAAGUUUCGGACAGGUAGUGAAAGCUUACGACCAUAAGAAGCGAGAGAACGUCGCGCUCAAGAUGGUGCGGAACGAGAGACGGUUCCAUAGACAGGCCCAGGAGGAGAUCCGCAUUCUGGAGCACCUUCGAGACCUGGACAAGGACAACACCAUGAACGUCAUCCACAUGUUCGACUCCUUCACCUUCAGGAACCACACAUGCAUCACGUUCGAACUACUCUCGAUCAAUCUCUACGAGCUGAUCAAGAAGAACAAGUUCCAGGGCUUCUCGUUGCAGCUAGUGCGUAAAUUCUCCCAUAGCCUCCUGCAGUGUUUGCACGCAUUGAACAAGAGUCGCAUCAUCCACUGUGAUAUGAAACCAGAAAACGUCCUUCUGAAGCAACAGGGACGUUCAGGAAUCAAGGUCAUAGAUUUCGGCAGUUCGUGUUAUGAACACCAACGUGUGUACACUUACAUACAGUCGAGAUUUUAUCGAGCUCCUGAGGUGAUGAUGGGAGCCAAGUACGGCAUGCCUAUAGACAUGUGGUCGCUGGGUUGCAUACUGGCGGAACUUCUUACUGGUUUCCCACUUCUACCCGGCGAGGAUGAAGCUGAUCAGAUGGCUUGUAUUAUUGAGCUCCUGGGUAUGCCCCCGCAGAGGCUGACGGAACAGGGAAAGAGGUCCAAAAACUUUAUAAGCAGCAAAGGACUUCCGCGAUACUGUACGGCUUCCACUCUCCCUGAUGGUACCACGGUGCUAAGCGGUGGUAUGUCUAGGAGAGGCAAGCCCCGCGGCCUUCCCGGCUCCAAGAGUUUCGUGACAGCGUUAAAGGGCUGCCAGGAUAAAUACUUCAUCGAUUUUAUUAGACGAUGCCUAGAGUGGGAACCUGAAAAGCGUCUAACACCGGCCCAGGCGCUUCGUCACGCGUGGCUCCGUCGCCGCCUACCGCGACCUCCACACGACGAAGAGCCCGCGCCCACUUCUAGCGGCGGGUCGGGCGGGGCGAGGGGUGGCUCGCUGCGGACGCCGCUGACUCGCACGCCGGUCACCUUCAACGCUUCGCAAAUCGCCAAAGCGAAACUCCAAGCAGCAUUAUCUGAGGAGAGUAGCGGUAUGAGUGGGUCUGUGGGCAGUGUGGGCGGUGUGAGCAGCGUGGGUGGCGUGGGCGGUCGGUACUGGGCGGGCGGGAAGCUGCCGCAUCUGCCGGCACCAUCCUAGCGCCCGCCCUCCGCGCGUCGCCUAGCCAAAGUGUCAUCCCUGGAGGCUCCGCGGCGCGCGGCCGGCGUCCGCCUGGAGUUGGAGCGUCGCAGUCUUGACCUUGAGAGAGAACUGAGACACGAACGAGCCUCGGACGGCUCGCUCGACGACCGCGACCACCUCGUAUGAUCACCCACCACCUACCGCCUACCACCCACCAUCAGAUAAAACACUGCAAACUGCGUACACUGCCUCUACCGGAGAUUAUAUAUAACGACUGUUGCAUUUAAUAUCCAUCUGGUCCAUACUUAUUAUACAUCGAAUGUUAGUAUCGUGUCGUGUCGUGUCGUGUCGUGUGGUGUCGUGUCGUGUCGUGUCGUGGGUAGUUUCGUAUAACAGACGUUGACAGUGCAGUGGACGGUGUGACUGUGGAUAUGGCGACUGGCGUUCGGAGUCCGUACUAAGGGCACAGCGGCGGAAUUGAUCUCAAUAAAUAAAUAAACACUCGAAGUAUAUAACGGACAUCUAGUGGAAUUGUGAGUAAAGUAAUCUUUUAAUGUUUUCUAUGUAUUGUACAUGUAACGAGCGGAAGUUUAGUGCCUGCUAAGGUUUAGUUAUAGGUAACUCGACCACUGUUUAAGGUAUAAUCUUUGAACAUUUUUACCGAAACGACUAUUAUCGAGAGUUGAAUGUAUUAUGUUGUCUGUCAGCCGCUCGCGCCAGCUGCAGGGGAAUUAGUAGAAUCUUGUAGUGAUUUUAAACAAGAUUUUAACUGAAUUUAUUCAAUGCUUCUGUACUGAGCGUUAUUUUUUUUUAAUAAUAAUAAUAAUUAUUAUUAUUAUUGUGACGUAUAAUUUUUAUUCUCUCUCGAAUAGAUUUUAAGCUAACGUGUGACUAAAUUACGGUUUUCUACACAAUCGAUGUCAUUUUGUUUUAUAUAUAUAUAUAUAUAUUCUUAUUAUUUUUUAGUUGUACUGUGUAAGCGUUCGCUGUAAGUUGUCCUCAGGUGAUACUGUGACCUUAUAAUCGGGGUUAAAGGAUUUAAGGUUAGUUAGAUGCAAGGCCUUUUUUACUAGUUAAGUAUAGUGCGGUACCGUUGGUUACAAACUUAGUGAUGGUUUGCUAAUAUAUAGAGACGGCUUGAACUCGCACACAGUUAGUUAAUUUCCCGCCAUUACAGAACAUACAUUAGUAUUAAAUCUGUAGUCCUUUGGAUGUUUUUAUUGUUUAUGAAGUCAAACAUAUCACCCUCUUUUGUCUAAGUCGGUUAUAUAUAUAUUUUUUGUUCUACGUGUACUCAGUGCAAUAUGUUUGACAGAAACAUUUCGUUCGUCUUCCUUCUCUACAAGGGCCUAUUUAAAUUUAUUGCAUUUUUUUUGUUUAUUUCUAAUACAUAGUUGUAGAAUAUUUUUUUUUCGAUAUGUAUGUUAUUACAUAGAAAAUUAUAUCGCAAUGAAAUAUAUAAUGUACUGAGGGAUGUUACGUCGGAAUAAUAAUAUGCAGCUCACAAUUUAAUACCUUAUUGUCCCAUAACCGUUCUCCCGACCAUAUUCUGACAUUUUUUUGUGUAAUCAAACAUAAUAUAUUAAUAAUAAUAAUUCAAUUAAUCGAUAUCGAUAACUGAAUAUUAUUAUUUCGUGUGAAUCCCAGUUAUUUUAUAUUAUUGACAGUAACCAUACUCAAAAUAGCAUUUUUUUUUUAUAUAACUUUCAUUUAACUAUCGUAUUAAGUUAACUGCCUUCGUUUAUUAUGCUCAAUAGUUUUAUGUAAGUUGUCUGACGUCGGUUCAGAUGUGACAUUAGUUUAUUUUUUUUUUUUAAUCCGUUUAGAUUUAGACGAAUACUGUAUUUUACGUAAUGGAAAGUCGGAACCGAAGCCUUUUCACAUAGACCGUUGCUGUAUAAACAGUGCCAAAUAAAUAUAGUGUGAGAUGUAAGGCUUCGCGUGAACCAUCCUGUAUGAAAAUGGCAUUUUUGUAUGGAACUGUCCACCAUGGUGUGAGACGGUAUUAUAAUGUGAUAGCUUACUAUUCGGUUCAUGUAUCCUCGUAAUAUUGUAACAUGAGAUACUUUUGUUCAAAAUUUUGUGAAUGUAACCAAAGUGACGUCCUAUUUGACGAGUCGAGUCUAUCCAGUCGAUCUGUUCCCUGUAUGUCGAGGGCUCGGCAUAAAUCAGUAUUAAAUUAAUGAUAAAGUCAAUAGCAUCAGGAACUGCCAGGUUUACGUAUGUUUUUGCUAUCUCAUGAAUCUAGUUACUUUAAUGGCUUUCGUUACUGCAUUUUUCUUUAUAGAUUUUUUUUUUUUUUGUGAAAAUGUGUUCCCAUUUUUUAUGUACCGCUAGUGUUUCGCUGUGAAACUCGUAGCAAAUGUGAAUACUAUACAAUUUAAAUAAAUGAAUUAUAUAAUUA